CUGCUGGCCAACCUCGGCUCCGGUGGCGUAGGCGAGGGCCAGUUGGCGCAGAAACUGGCCGAGGCCCGGCAGGAGCCGGAACACCCCCUUGCACGCAAGAGGACGGAUCUGCCCCUUUCCAGCCCGACCUCAGGCAUCAAGGUCCUGGGCGUGGGAGACCUGCUUACCCGCAUGGGGCGCUGCUGCGGUCCCAUCCCCGGAGACGAGAUCGUCGGCUUCGUCACCCGUUCCCGGGGCGUAACUGUCCACAAGCGCAUCUGCCCCAGCGUCUUGCACGAGGACGAGCCGGAACGGUUCGUGCCAGUGGAAUGGGGACAAGCCAAGGAACUCUUC